AUGAAUGACAAGGAUCCAAUGCCAAAUGCUUCCUCUGUGCUUCUGGAACCCACUCCCAAUGCUUCGCUCCCUCCAUCCGAUGACCGUGAUGAUGCUUUGGCUCAGGCUGAAAUUGCCAUUUUGGCUUCCAUCUUCCUGCUGGCCACUCUGAGCAAUGUCCUGGUGCUCGGAGCUCUGUUCCGCCAGGGUCACCGGGCCAGCCCAAUGCAUCGAUUCAUCCAACACCUCUGCCUGGCCGAUAUGACGGUGGCCCUCUUCCAAGUGCUCCCUCAGCUCAUUUGGGACAUCACUGAUCGCUUCCAAGGCCCAGACAUCUUAUGCCGUGGCAUCACUUAUUUGCAGGUAGUCGGCAUGUUUGCUUCAUCCUAUGUUAUUGUGGCCAUGACCUAUGAUCGCUACCGUGCUAUUUGCCGGCCCUUGCUGGCUUUUCGGAGAGGGACAAGAUUACGGCAUCGACCUGUGGUAUUGGCAUGGAUAGCAUCCUUCCUCCUCAGCCUCCCACAGCUUUUCAUCUUCUCCAAGACAGAACUGCCCAGUGGAGCCCAUGAGUGCUGGGCAGCCUUUGCUGAACCCUGGGGAGCCCGGGCCUAUGUCACCUGGGUGACUCUGAUGGUCUUUCUCCUUCCCACCUUCUUCAUUGCCACCUGCCAAGGCAUGAUCUUCUGCGAGGUCUACCACAGCCUGCGUUUGGGGCCAGAAGCCACCCUGGCUCGUAGGGGGAGCCAACAAGGGUCAUCCCCUAUAUCUGGUGCUGUAGCUAAGACUCUCAAGAUGACACUGGUCAUCGUGCUCAUCUAUGUAUUCUGCUGGGCUCCCUUCUUCCUAGUACAACUGUGGGCUGUUUGGGAUCCUCAAGCACCUACUCAAGGCCCAGCUUUCACCCUCCUGAUGCUCAUUGGCAGCCUCAACAGCUGUACAAACCCCUGGGUCUAUGCCACAUUCAGCAACAGCAUCUCAAGCGAAUUGCGCCGAAUCUUCUGCCCCAGAUGGGCCCACCGGCAAGUUGGCUCCCUGUAUGAAGACUCCGUUCUCACAGGCAGCUUCUCACUGGGCCGAGACACUCUUUCCUGA